AAGGAAGGUAGGAUGUAGGUAGAAAUAUGUAUAUAUUGUUUAUUGGUGUGAAUAAUGUUAGAGAUUUGUUUUACAUAUUUCAAAUAUCCUUAUGUUAUAUAUGUUGACCUGUCAGAAGGCUGACAGAGGCACCUAUGAGUGUGGACCAUGUAGCAGGGACCUCUGCACCACAUUCUGGAGCCUCUGUUCCUCAUGUUGAAGGGUCACAGGAUGAGAAAGGUCAUGUUAUAACCCGUAUAUUUUUGUGUCUCUAGGCCAUCUUUACCAGCACGAAACGUUCUUGCUGACUGUCCUGCUGACCACUUUAAUCUUUUUUACCUUACAUUACUUCCUCUAUCUGGUGAACCAUGUUGUGGUCGUCCGUUUUUCGGCGGCGUUGGCCAUCUUUACCAGCACAACACGUUCUUGCUGACUGGCCUGUUGACCACUUUAUUCUUUGCUUCUUUUUUUUUUUUUUUACCUUAUAUUACUUCCUCUAUGUGGUGAACCAUGUUGUGGUCGUCUGUUUUUCAUACCAAUCUUUAACCAAUCAGCAUUCGACCCAGCAAAAACCAUUUGCAAGUUUGAGAACUAUAUCACCAUCUGGAUGAGAAACUCCUCACUCUUUGAACAGACACUCUACUCAUCACUCUUUGAACAAGCGACUCCACCAAAUGGACAACAAACUGUGGAUUGCAUGCUUUUGGAAAAUGGCCAUGGCUGCACUUUUGGCAGCAGCGCCAAUGGGAAAGAAUGAUGCCAAAGAUGAAAUCCAGCUAAAUAUGGCUCCAAACUCUGUUGAUGACAUGUACGCUGGAUGUGAAAAGAAGAUGGAAGCUCUAGUGAAUAGCACGUACUUGGUGAAUGAAUUAAAGAAUGACAAAGUUUUUGAAAAGGCUUGGAAGAAUGCAAAGAUAAAUAAAAAUCCUGAGCUGUCAGAGUAUCAGAGAAGGGCUGUUUAUGUUUAUACAGAUAAAAAUACAAAUAUCUAUUCCGUCUUCAAUGAAAAGGUUCGAAACCACACGUCCAGUUACGACAGUUUCAAGUAUCAUUCACUGCACUUCUUCCUCACACGCGCCCUUCAAACUCUCAAACUUAAAAAUAAAAAGUGUCUCACUGGAUACCGCAGAACCAACCUCAGCUUCACCUACAACUCCAAAAACCCAAAGUUUCGCUUUGGGUCCUUCACCUCCAGCUCACAUACUACAUACGCUAAUGAUACAUUUGGAACUAAAACGUGCUUUGAGAUAUACACCUGCUUUGGAGCCGAAAUCUCAUCGUAUUCUAUGUAUCCGUCAGAGAGAGAAAUCCUGAUUCCUCCUUAUGAGGUUUUUAAAGUCACAAAGACAGAGAGAACAACAAAAAAGAAACCUCUUCCAUGUGAGGUGGUCUACACAGUUAACAGCACAAAGGCAACUCAAUCCAAUUUGAAUUGUGCUCUUGUGAAAAAAAAGUGACACAUUUAACAGAUGUUUGCUAUUGUUAUA